CAUGUCCAAUUAUUGCCCUCUCUCCCUACCAUUUGGUAAGACAUAUUUCCAAGCUUGAUCAGAGUUUCGGGGCUGAGUUUACACAUCCACUGUAUAUCAAUUCCAGAUCUCUCAUUUUCAGAUUUUAAAUUUGCUAUCAUUUUAUUAGGGGUUAACAGAUCAUAAAGCUGUUACUCUCACAACUUCUUUGCUUUUGCAAUUCAAAUAUACAGCUUGUUUCCUUAUUCCUGACUACCAAAAACUAAUCAACCAUGGCUGGUGAAGUUGUUGGUGGAGCUUUUCUCACGGUUUCGCUGGAAGUGCUUUCUUUUAGGAUCGGUUCGAUCAUGGACUUUGUUCGUCGGAACAAAGUUGAUGCUGGGCUGCUCGAAAAGUUGGACACCACGUUACUCUCUGCUAAAGGAGUCCUGAAUGAUGCCGAGAAGAAGCAAGUCAGUGACUCAAAAGUCAGAGAGUGGAUUCGAAAGCUUAACGAUGCAGUCCACAACGCCGAAGACUUGGUGGAUGGGAUUAACACUGAAGCUUUGCGAUGCGAGAUUGAAGGUGGUCAGUCUCAGUCUUCUAGAACCGGUGCAUGGUUGUUUCAGCAGGUACGCAACUUCAUCUCGUCUAGACUAAAUGUUAAGGAUGUAGAACAGAGGAUAAACGACAUCCUUAACACACUGAAAUAUAUUGUGGACCAAAAGCAACAUCUUGGUUUGAGUGAAGUUGGUGUUCAACCUAUUACAUCUUUUCGAAGAUCGUGUGCAACUGCUUGGGUGGGAGAAUCUGAUACCUUUGGGAGGGAUGCUGAUAAGCAAGCCAUCCUUGACUUUUUGUUAUCUGAUGAUGGCCAUCAUUUAUCUGUACUUCCCAUUGUAGGCAUGGCUGGGAUUGGCAAGACCACCCUUGCCCAGCUUGUUUUCAACGAAAUUGGUGAUAAGGUCAUGCAGAAACCUUUUGAAAUCAAAGCAUGGAUUACGGUGUCCGUAGAAUCUGAUGUAUUCGCGUUAACAGAAGCAAUUUACAAGGAGGUCACUAAAUCAUCAGAGUCCACCAUCAAGGAAACAUUUAAACUUCAACAAAAAUUGAGGGACUUUUUAAGAGGCAAAAAAUUCCUCUUGGUUCUGGACGAUGUGUGGAACGUGGAUUAUAAGCGGUGGUGUGAGUUGAGGAGUCCAUUUGAAUCUACUGCUCACGGAAGUAAGAUCAUUGUGACAACACGCAGUGCUGAUGUUGCAUCCGAUCUAGGUACUGUCCCCAGCCGUGAUCUGCAAAUACUAUCAGAGGAAGAUGGUUGGCAAUUAGUUAAAAAGCGUGCUUUCAAUGAUGUAGAGCAAGAUGUUUCUCCAGAUUUGGAAGCAAUCGCUAGAAAAAUUGUUCGAAAAUGCAAGGGUCUUCCUUUAGCGAUCAAAUCACUUAGUUGUCUUCUGCACUCUAAACAAGAGAUCAAAUAUUGGGAAAAUGUACUAGACGAUGAUAUAUGGGAUUUGCCUAAGUGCGAAGAUAUUCUUCCAGCUCUAUGGUUGAGCUAUUAUUAUUUGCCUUCUCAUUUGAAGCGAUGCUUUGCUUACUGCUCCAUUUUCCCCAAAGAUUAUAAAAUUGAAAAAAAAGAGUUGAUUUUAUUGUGGAUGGCACAGGAUCUUUUGCAACCCCACAAAACAAAAAUACCAGAAGAGGUUGGAGAAGAAUAUAUUAAUGAUCUUGUAUCAAGAUCAUUUUUUCAAUAUCUCGACCGGAAUAACAAUGAUAUUAUCAUGCAUGAUCUUAUGAAUGAUUUGGCAUUGUUUGUAUCAGGAUGUUGUUUCAGGUUAGAAGAAAAAUACUCGGAUGAUUCUAUAAGGAACGCUCGUCAUGUCUCAUCCUUGAAAUUCCGUACCGAUGAUGACAAGAAAAUAAAGGAUUUAUGUGAACACAAAGUAUUGCGCACUCUACUGAAUUUGAAGAUGUAUAAUGUUGAACAUUUGCAAUCGAUGCAAUUUUUAAGAGUGCUUUCAGUGAAGUCAUUAAAUUCGAUGGAGUUAUUAAAUUCAAUCUGCAAUUUGAAGCUCUUGAGAUAUUUGGAUUUAUCUUAUUCUUACCUUGAAGAAAUACCUGAUAAAAUUGGUACUCUAUAUAAUUUGCAGACAUUAUUGUUGAGGUUUUGUUAUCAGCUUACUUCGUUGCCGGAUUCAAUUGGCAAUUUGAAGCAUCUAAGGUAUUUGGACUUAAGUUAUAGUUCAAUUGAAAAGUUACCUGACACAAUAUGCCAAUUGCACGAGUUGCAUACGCUGAUAUUGAACAGAUGUUGGAAACUUACUCAGUUAUCAAUCAACAAUGCAACUGAUCUUAUCAAUCUGCGUUGUCUCGACAUUCGUGGGACAGGUGUACGAGAGCUGCCACGUCAAAUGUCCAAAUUGGAAAAUCUGCAAAAGUUACCAAAGUUUGUUGUAGGCAAAGAUAGCGGAUCCAAUAUUAAAGAGUUGGGCAAGCUUAAUGAUCUACAUGGUGAUUUUGGUAUUGAAGGACUUGAGAAUGUUGUAAAUGUUGAAGAUGCUUGGGAGGCAAAUUUGAUAGAUAAAAGGCAUAUUACAGCAUUGGAAUUAGAAUGGAAUGGUGAUAUUGGCGGUUCAGUUGAAGCCCGGGAGGUUCUUGAUGGACUCCAACCUCAUUUAGAUCUUGAGAAACUACAUAUUCACAAUUAUGGAGGUACAACGUUCUCGCAUUGGGUUGGAAGUCCUUCAUUUUGCUGUAUGAAACGGGUGCGUCUUAUCGAUUGUAAAAACUGUUUCAUGUUGCCUCCACUGGGACAGCUACCUUCUCUGGAAAGGCUUGAUAUUUGGGGAUUGGAUAAGGUGGUGAGGAUAGGGGAUGAAUUUUAUAGUGACGGCUCUGUUAUCACUAAGCCAUUCAAGUCUUUGAAAUUUUUAUACUUUUCAGGAAUGGAAGAGUGGAAGGAGUGGGCAUUCGUAGAAGCGGAGGAUGGCGGAGUUUUCACAAACUUGAAGGUGCUUCGGUUGGAAGAACGUCCGAAGCUAAAAGGGGCAUCAUGCUUGCCUGAUUAUCUUCCAUCCUUGGAAACUCUUCGAAUAGCAGGUACAAGUGACCACCUGGUGGCUUCACUCUCAAACUGUCGAUAUCCAUCGCUUAGUUUAUUGACAAUUGAACGUUGUCGCAAAAUGAAGACAUUUCCAGGAGGUACGUUGCCAUCCACUAUACAAAAGAUUAUAAUUAGGGAAUGCCCUGAACUGGUGUCACUUUCAGAAGAGGGAUGGCCAUCAAAUUUAAAAUCACUUGAAAUUAGGGAUUGUCGGCACAGCAUGCAGUGGAAUCUUGGAAUGCUCACCUCCCUUACAGCCUUAACUAUCAAGUCCAUAAAUGAAGAAAUGGAUGCAUAUCCAAAGGAGGAAGGGCAACUUCCCACCACUCUUACUUAUCUUUCGCUUGAUGGUCUCGAAAAACUGAAAUCCCUGAAUGGCAGCGCCCUUCACCACCUGACCUCCCUUCAAUAUUUGUCCAUUAAUGGUUGCGAUGAGAUCCAGUGCUUGCCACAACAAGGGCUGCCCACCACUCUCACUUCUCUUCACCUAUCUCAUCUUCCAAACCUGAAAUCCCUAAACGGAGACACAUUUCGACAUCUCACCUCCCCUCAAAAAUUGACCAUUGAAUGUUGCGGACAGCUUCAGUGCUUGCCACAAGAAAGGCUGCCCGAGUCUCUUUCGGAGUUGCGGAUUCGCGAAUGUCCAUUGCUAAAGCCACGGUGCGAGAGGGGGAUAGGGGAAGAUUGGCCUUACAUCCGUCACAUCACUCGCAUAGUCAUAGAUGGGAACGACAUUUGAUUAAUAAUGUCCGCUCUUUCAAAGAAAAAAAAAAAAAAAAAAAAGGAAA